AUGGAACAUCGUAUGUGGAUGUAUGAUAGGAAUCUUCCUAAUCGGCGGGGUUUAAGAAAUGAAUUUGUACAAGGUGUUGAUGAGUUUAUUAAUCAUGCAAAGUCAUUUAGCCAAAAUAAGGAGAUGAUUAGGUGCCCUUGUGCGAAAUGCAAGUGCAGAAAAUGGUUGAAACUAGAGGAUGUUAAGACUGAUCUAUAUAGUAAGGGCUUUAUGGAUAAUUACUAUGUGUGGACUAGUCAUGGAGAGACUGAGGAUAGUGAUGGUAAUAUUUAUAACCAUAAUUUUGAUAUUGGUGAAAGUAGUCAAGAUGCUAGAUUAUAUGAAAUGGUUAUGAAUGCUUUUGGAAUGUACAAUGAGGAUGACAACCAACAAUAUGUUGAUCAAGCUCCCAAUGAAGAGGCAAAUCAUUUUUAUGCACAGUUAGAGUCUGCUAGUCGUCCACUUUGCAACGACAUGUCGCACUCUAAGUUGUCUGUAGCGACUAGACUACUAAGUAUUAAAUCAGAUGCCAAUGUUUCUCAAGCGGGCAUGAACUCUAUGAUUGAGCUUAUGAAAGAACUUAAUCCCAACCUAGACAUACCCGAUAAUUACUAUAAGGCAAAGAGAUUGGCUUCCAAGUUAGGGCUUUCUUCAGAGAGAAUUGAUUGUUGUGAAAAGGGAUGCAUGUUGUAUUAUAAGGAUGAUGCAAACUUAGAGAACUGUAAAUUUUGUGGGAUGUCUCGCUUUAAACAGCUUGCCAGCGGGAAUAAGGUUGCGGUUAAGUCUAUGCAUUAUUUACCUCUUAUACCAAGGCUAAAAAGGUUGUAUGCAUCGAUGAGUUCCGCUCCACACAUGAGAUGGCACUAUAAAAAUAAAAGGCCACCUGAUGUUCUCUGUCAUCCAUCUGAUGGAGAGGCAUGGAAGCAUUUUGAUAGAAUAUUUCCAGAUUUUGCUAAUGAACCAAGGAACAUUCGGUUGGGUUUGUGUGCUGAUGGAUUCACACCAUUUUCUAUCUCAGCUACUCCAUAUUCAUGUUGGACCGUCUUUGUCACACCAUAUAAUCUUCCACCUGAGAUGUGUAUUGACUAA